UUCGAUUGAGAAAGUGAGAAGAAAUCUAUUCUAAUUCGAAGCAUGUCUAUGAGGCUAAACGACGAGGCCAUGCGCCAAUUCACGGUGGCCAAAAUACAAGAGGGAACCAACGUGCGCAAGAGCUCGCUGGACUUCUCUGCCGAUGGACGUUGCCUGCUUGUCUGUGACCCCUCGGCGCUGACUGUCAUCAGCAGCAGCCGUCAGUCCGUGCUCUGCCAGGUGCACAUGCAUAACUACAAUCCCGAGGUGGCCUGCUUUGCGCAGCCGGCAAACCGCGUUCUGCAUAGCUCUUCCAAGACGAACUUUUCGAUCUUCUGUCAGGAUUUGAACACUCGCAGUGUCGUGCGAAAGUUUUGCGGCCAUUUCAAGAGUGCCCACAUCUUGAGUACUCAGCCGGGCAACAGCAAUGUCUUCAUCAGUGCUGGCCGGGAUGAUGAGGUGUACAUGUGGGACUUCCGUGUCUCCGAGCACACAUAUCAUUUGAAGAAGCUUCUCCAGCCGCUGUGUGGCUACGAUCCGACCGGCAAGACCUUUGCCACAACCUCCAAAUCUAUGCGCAUCGACAUCCACGAUGUGCGGAUGCUUGGAGAAAAGCCCAGCACAAAGUUCGAGUACAACAAUAACGAUGCGGCGGAUUGGAGCCAGCUGCAGUUUUCGCCCGAUGGAAAGUCACUUUUGUUAAGCACGAAUUGUUCACGAUUCUUUAGUGUUAGCCCCCUGAGCGGGUCCUUCCAUCAGGCCUACGCCGGGCUUUGCAAUGAGCAGCAUCUGCCGCUGAAGGCCGCCUUUACGCCAGACUCGCAGUUCGUACUGUCCGGAGACGAUCACGGCCAGGUGUACGUGUGGCGCGCGUCGAGCGGAAAGUUGGCUGCGCAGUUGAAGGACAGAAGUGUGGGUCCGGUGCGCUGCCUGCGCGUCCAUCCCACGGCCACGAUGUUUGUCACCAGCAAUGAACGCGUUUCUUUCUGGAUGCCUAAGCGCAAUGGCGCGUACGACUGGGUGGAGGAGGAGUUAAAAGAGGCGCAGCCAGUAGUGAAAUCCGAGGCAACUCCAAAACCUUUUCCAAAACCAAUUAUGUUGCCUAUGCCCAUGACAAAAAGGAAUCAGUCGCAAUUCUUUCUAUCACUAAACAAUCGAUUUUCGAAAAGGCGGCGCAUGGGACAUCCUGAUGAUGAAAGCGGCCUGGAGGACGGUGAAAUACGUGAGACUGUCAGUUAUAAUUGUCGCUUCGAAUAA